AAUAAGCAAAAGAACAAAAAAAAAGAAAUAUAUACAACAACAUGGAAUAUUGAAUGAACCGAUUUCGAGUAUGCACAUAUAUUAAACUGCCAGAGAAGCAAACCCCUCGUAACCGAGCCCAAGAUGGCCAGCAACUUGACACGGGCACUUAAUCUCCACUUGAAGGCUUAAAGGAGUACGAGAGAAAUAUAUAUAAAUGAAUUAAAAGGCAAAGGAAAGCACGCAGAGAAAUGCAUUCUGAGCUCAACAACGAUUACAAUUGCAAUUGCCAGCAGGAGCAGCAGCAGCAGCAGCAGGAUCCGGAGCCGGAUCAGCAACAGCUCCAGCAGAACGUCAGCUGUCAACGAUACCCGCUGCUUAAGAAUGAUAAGAUGGCAUCGGUGCAUUUAGUUGCCCUGCUGCUGAUAUCCAGUUGUUGGAGUCUGGCGACGUGCUCCUAUCUGGAGCCGGACGAGCUCAUACACGAACUGGACAGACCGGUGCCGUUGACAUCGGUGCAGGGUGUCCUGGGCAGGCAGGCCAUGCUGCCGUGUGAUAUAACGCCGCUGGAACGCGACGAUGCCGUCUAUAUGGUGCUCUGGUUUCGCGAGGGCGAUGGCGAGCCCAUCUACAACUUUGAUGUGCGCGGUCGUCAAUUCGGGCAGGCGCGUCUCUGGUCCUCGCCGCUGGCCUUCGGAACGCGGGCCCACUUCAGCAGCACCUCGCAUCCAGCGCAGCUGAAAAUCGACAAUGUGCGGAUUGAGGAUGAGGGCGCCUAUCGGUGCCGUGUGGACUUUCGUAACUCACCCACCCGCAAUCUGAAGAUAAACCUGACUGUUAUUGUGCCACCGGAUAGACCCAUUAUCUAUGAGCCCAACAGGCAUGACAAGACCAGCAAUGUGGAGUCCUUCAACGAGGGCAACGAUAUUGUGCUGGCCUGCGAGGUAUCCGGCGGUCGGCCGCGCCCCAAUGUUACCUGGUACUUGGAUAACACGGUCAUCGAUGAGUCAUUUGAUCAGCGCGCCGAUGGCAAAACCAUUAACCACUUAUCCUAUCCCAAUAUUGGGCGGCAGCAUCUGAAUGCGCGACUUGUGUGCGUAGCCAGCAAUACGAAUCUGACGCCGCCAAACAACAAGGUCGUCAUAUUGGAUGUCAACUUGAAACCUGUGGCCGUGCAUAUCCUGACCAAGGAUCGCUUUGUCUCCGCGGAUCGUACCUAUGAUAUUGAGUGCAAGAGUUCCGGCUCCAAGCCGCCGGCUUUAAUCACCUGGUGGAAGGGCAACAAGCAGCUAAAGAAACUCACCAAGAACUUUAAUGAGCCAGACAAUCAAUCCCUAAGUAUACUGACGUUCACGCCCACCCGGGAGGACGAUGGCAAAUAUUUAACAUGUCGGGCAGAAAAUCAAUUCAUCGAUGGCAGCUCCAUUGAGGACAAAUGGCGCCUCAUUGUGCACUACCAGCCCACAACGCUGCUGAAGAUGGGCUCCUCGCUGAAUCCGGACGACAUUAAGGAGGGCGAUGAUGCCUACUUCGAGUGCAUAGUGCAAUCGAAUCCGAAGCCCUACAAGAUGUCCUGGUUUCACAAUGGCAAGGAGCUACAGCACAACAUCUCUGUGGGCAUCAUCCUGUCGGAUCAAUCCCUGGUGCUGCAGAGCGUCUCGCGCGCCUCCGCCGGCGACUACACCUGUCUGGCUGUCAAUUCGGAGGGCAAAGGCCUCAGUAAUCCGGUCACAUUGCGCAUACGCUACGCGCCCAUCUGUGCCAUCGACCACGAGGAGCUGUUGGGCGCCCUCAAACACGAGACGUUGGCACUGAAGUGCGAAGUGGACGCCUCCCCGCCAGCCGACUCCUUCCACUGGACCUUCAACUCAUCCGGGGAGCAAACGGAGCUGCCCGCCCGUCUGCACUCCAGUGAGACUGGCAUGUCACGCUUAAAUUAUACGCCCAGCUCGGACCUGGACUACGGCACCAUUUCCUGUUGGGGCAAGAACUCCAUUGGCCUGCAGAAGAGUCCCUGUAUCUUUCAAAUUGUCGCAGCGGGGCGUCCGUUUCCACUGCAAAACUGUACGGUGAGCAAUCAAUCGGUGGAUUCGCUGCAGGUGGAUUGUGUCGAGGGAUUCGAUGGCGGCUUGCCACAGAGCUUUAUGCUCGAAUUGGUCGAGUUGCAGUCGCUGCGCCUGGCCAGAAAUAUAACAAUAAACCACACACCUGUGACAUUUGUGAUUGAGAACCUGGAUCCGGCAGCCACCUAUCGCAUGAUCAUAUUCGCAGUAAAUGUCAAGGGUCGCUCGGAGCCGACCAUUAUAGACGACAUCAACUUUAAGGGCGUGGCAAAACUAACCGGCAGCUCCACGGGGCUAAGUGUGCCGCUGUCGCCAUUCCUGGCUGGCCUGACGCUCGUCUGUGGCCUGCUGUUUGCCAUAUCCUGCAUCAUACUGGCCGCCAUAUAUAGAAGGUUCUCAAAUCGCCGCAACGAUGAUAAUCUGAAGGCCGUAAAGCACACACAAUUGGCCAUACCAACUGACUGCCAGCUGGACCCGUUGCAUCCCAACCCGCACACAAAUGGGCAUGGCCAGGCGCAAGGACAGGCACAGCACGACCAGUCCAAUCACCAGUCGCACCACAGUCUCCUUCCAAUUAAUUGUGAUAAUCGGAAUGCGGUCGAACGUGGCACACUGAGCGAGGUAAGCAUAGACAGUGGCACGAGAACAUCACCAAGUGGCCAAGGCUUGGCCAUCUCCAUGGGCGGCGAUACGCUGCGCUCGACGGCACGCACACGAACUAAUGCACAAGUGCUCAGCGAUCAGGCUGAGAUAGAUGACACCGAUCCAGAUGUUAUACCCAAUCAGUACGAGAAACGCCCACUGAAAGCUUUGGGCGCAUCACCAGGCUUUGCCAGUCCCGCGACGCGGCUUACGCAUCGCGAUUAUUGUGGUGGGCGGGACGCGGAGCUGCGCAAGAGCAAUGCGGAUAGCGUGGGUGUGGGUGCAGGUCUGGUAGGCACGGAUGCCAAUACCAUUGGCCUGUUGAGCAAUUCAGGCAACGAGGUGCUGCACUAUACGUUCCGGCCAAGUAAACAAAUUAGCUAUGCUACUCUCAAUAAGAAGGGCAUAACCACGUGUAGCCCGCCGCUGGGUGCGUUGACAUAUAAUAUAAGCACAUCGACGCCCUCAUCAUCAUAUCAUCUAACACCGCAGCCAAUGGAGGUCAGUCUGCUCAGUCCGAAUAAUGCAUCGGUGACCUCGUCAUUAAGUGAAUAUCGUUUUCGGCCCGAAGUAGUCACCACUUCGAAUCGCAUACAGGAAAGUUGUAUAUAAGCAUCAUACAUGCAUUAAAGCUACAUAUCUGCAUACAAUAAUUAUACGUAUAUAUAUAUAUGUAUCUACUUUAUAUAUAUAAACAUCCAUGUAGUUGUGUGUGAGUGUAAAAACAAAUGCAAUUGUAUUAAUACAUAAAUAUCGUAAUACCCUAGCAGCUGGACAUAUACACCUAUAUAUAUACAUAUACAUAUAUAGAUAUUUACUCGCAUGGUUUGAGGCAAGACUUCUUUAACUUUAAGCAUUUCUGUGUAAUUGUUGCAUUAUUAAUUUAGGUAACAAUGCCAAAUGUGUAAUUGCAAUCGACUCGUUUUGUAAAUACUUAACUCGUUGUCAUUUGUUGUAAUUAAGAUCUAAUACUCUAAACGUUAACGUUGAACGAAUACCUAAUGAUGCAGCAUACAUGCAUAUCUGUUGUUUAAUUUAUCAUAUUCUUUUCUCGAUGCAAUCCAUACAUAUUUACAUUUACAUACUUACAUAUCCCGGACAAACCCAGAAACUGCAAAUCAUAUCUAACGUUUUUGCUUGAAUCAGAAUAAUGCUUAUCCCCGAGACGUGGUUAAUGUAAGCCCUACCUAAAAAACAAAAAACAAAAACAAAAAGCAUAUCAAUGAAAAAAUCCCUUUCAGAAAAGAAACAAUUCCAAUUAAUUUAUGCCCUGCUAUCAAAUUUAUCUAAACAGGAGCUGCACUCUGCCAGACCCAACAGAGUUCUGCGGGAGUCACAUCUCUGAGAAACCAUACAUAUAUAUUGAUUGAUAUAUAUCCGUGUACAUAAGUAUGUCCAAUUCUCAAAGUCUAUGAAAGUAUUAUUUUCGCCCUAUUUAACUACUUCUAAUGUGUGUGCUUAUUUAUAACUAGGCGUGUAUUUUUAACUAAUAAGGCUUGUGUAUAUAAACAUUUAGUUUAGUCUUAAGUUAGUUUGUGUAACGAAUGGUAAAAAGUCUUCGUAUAGCAUAAAUGUUUUCCCGGAAUUUAUUUGUGUAAUGCCUAAAAUGCAAUGAUAAUGUUAAAUUAUUUGUAAAUAAAUGAAAUUCUAUUAGAAUAUAUUGUUUUCGAUGCUGUUGCAUAAAUAGUUUUAACUACCGAAAGGCUACCCAAAACUAGAAAAGAAAACCAGAAUAAAAUGUUAAGCAUUUAAGAUAUGAAUAUAUAUAUAUAUGUAUAUAUACAUAAUAUAUAUAUAUAUAUAUGUAUAGAUAUAGAACAAUUAAAGGCUAACUGUGUCCUCAACAUAAUUUGCAUUGCGUAAUAAAUUAAUUUAUUAAUGAAUUGACAUAAACAGACUUCCUAAAUAAACAUACAUAUAUAUAUAUGUAUAUAUAUGUAUAUAUAUAUGCAUGUAUAGUCUUCGUAUUCGAAGAGCACACACUUGGCGACACAGUAUAGAUAAUUAGUACAUAUGUAUGUGUGUGUGCGUGUUUUAGAGAAUUUCUGGCCCAGAAAUAUGUUAAUUUUAAGCUGAAAGCAAAAAAUAAAAUGUAACUGCAAAGAUUAGUAUAAAUUGUCAACAAAAAAUAGUAUUUAAAGCUAU